AUGAGUGAUUGGAAGAAAGAUAAUACUACGUUGAAAAUUUUAAGAGCAGCGGAAAAGGGGAAAUAUGGGGUUUUAUCAACUAUUGCCUAUAAUGUUGAUCAUGUUAUCUCAAUGAUUAAAGCAGCUGAGAAUAAGAGAUCUCCACUUAUCAUUCAAAUGUUCCCAUGGGCCAUUUUACAUUCAAAUGGUGAUUUGGUUAGAUGUGCAUCAAUGUUAGCUAAAAGAGCCUCAGUUCCAGUUGCUAUUCAUUUAGAUCAUUGUCAAGAUCCUAAAUUAGUAGAAUUGGCUGCAAAAGAAUUACCUUUUGAUUCAAUUAUGGUUGAUAUGUCCCAUUAUGAAAAGGAAGAAAAUCUUGCUAGAACUAAAGAAUUAGUUAAAUUAUGUAAUGAACAUCAUAAAGCUACUGAAGCUGAACCAGGUAGAAUCGAAGGUGGUGAAGAUGGUGUUUGUGAUACUGCUGAUUUAGAAGGUAUUUUAACUACUCCUGAAGAAGCUAAAUUAUUUAUUGAAACUGGAAUUGAUAUUUUAGCUCCAGCUAUUGGUAAUUUCCAUGGAGAUUAUCCUCCAAGUGGACCACAAUUAAGAUUUGAUCUUUUAGAAAACCUUCAACCUUUAGUUAAAUCUGAAGAUAUUAGAGUUUGUCUCCACGGUACCAAUGAUUUUACCCCAGAAUUAGUACAUAGAAAUAUCGAAUACGGAAUGUCCAAGAUUAAUGUUAAUAAAUUAGUCUUGGACACUCACUUGGAAUUCUUCGAAGAAAGUGCCAGCAAAUUACCAUUAACUGAUUUGUUAGAUAAGUCCAAUGAAAUCUUGGUUUCAAGAAUGGAAUAUUGGAUGGAUGUUUUCAGAUCUUCAAACAAAGCUUAA